CAGGUCUGGGCAAAGGCAUUUUCGGCUGUCUAAGACCAGCAUGCGGAGCGAGGAGAAGAGACUGAGGACUUUCCGGCAGUGGCCAGAGAGCUCCCUGUCUGCCACAGACCUGGCUAAGGCUGGCUUUUUCUUCCUGGGUCCUGGCGACCGAGUGCAGUGCUUCUGCUGUGGCGGUAUCUUGAGGAGCUGGGAGGCUGAGGAUCAACCCAUGCGAGAGCACCAAAAAUUUUUUCCUACCUGUAAGUUUAUCUGUGGUGAAGAUGUUGGCAACCAGCAGAUGCUCCCCUUUCUGGAGAUCUUGGACUAUGUGGAUGGGCAGAUCCUCAGCCUUCUGCAGAGGAUGGAUGUGGAAGAGGCAGCCCUACCCAGUCAACCAGAAUACCCGGAGAUGGAAACCGAGGCGAUGCGACUAGCCACUUUCCAGAGCUGGCCACCGUACACCGAGCUGUAUCCUGAGCAACUGGCCAGAGCAGGGUUCUUCUAUACAGGUCAAGGUGACACUGUGAGGUGUUUUUACUGUGAUGGCAGCUUGAGGAACUGGGAGCUUGGAGAUGACCCCUGGAGGGAACAUGCCAAAUGGUUUCCAAGGUGUGAGUUUUUGCUGCAGUCCAGGGGCAGAGACUUUGUUAGCAGUGUUCAGGACUCUGACUUCAACGCUCCAGGAGGCUCCUGGCAACGGGCUGAACAAGAUCCCCCUGUACCCCAAGAUUCUGUGGGGAAUCGGGAAUUGUCAUCUCCUCUGGAUCAGUCUUCCAUAGUGCAGAAUGUCCUGCAGAUGGGCUUUGACCACAGCUUGGUGAUGAGCUUGGUCCAGAAUAGACACCUGCUGACUGGCACCUGCUACUUAUCUGUGUCCGAACUGGUCUUGGAUCUGCUUCAGGUAGAUGGGGAAGAGAGCAGCAGUGCGGAAGAAAGAGAGCGUACGGAGAGGGAGACAGGUUUGCCAGGACAGAGACAAGACGCACAGGCUGAGUGCUCAAAAGAAUCAGAGCCCCCACUGAGUACGGAGGAGCAGCUGCGACGGUUGCAGGAGGAGAGGAUGUGCAAAGUGUGCAUGGACAAAGAUGUGUCCAUUGUCUUCGUUCCUUGUGGCCACUUGGUGGUGUGUGCGGAAUGUGCCCCCAGCCUGAGACGAUGCCCCAUCUGCCGAGCGGUCAUCAGGGGAAGUGUGAGGACUUUCAUGUCCUGAACUAUGGGAAUCUCCGGUCUCUGACUUCCACUGAUGGCAGCCCCUUUUCCAACACAGAAGGUGCUCCACGAGGAUAUCUCACUAGAAAUGAUGUUCCUAGUCUAUUACUAGCAGUCUGGGUUACUGAACAACCUCCCAGAAGUGUCCUGUUAGGAACCACCCCUUGGCUGGAAGAUGACCAUGGAAAAGUUCAGUCCUAAAUUUUUCCAUUUACAGGAUGAGUGGUAACUUCUUUUAGUUUAAAUCUGAUGAUUCUUGUCUGGAAUUGUGAUUUUAUUUUUAAGAAAUUGUUAGAUCUUGGAGCAGAUAAAGGAAAGUUUGCAGAGUAACUUAUUCAUGGGUUUGAAAAAAUGAUUUGCUAAGUCUGUAGAGUUAUACUUCACAUUUUGGAAUAAAAGCAUCUUGUGUUACCUUUUUAGACUGGUCUCUCAUGUAGUCUGGCCUAUAAAAUGCUUUAGUACAACAUUCCAUCGAGGUUGGGAUCCGAGGGCUUGCCUACUGCAUCAGAUUGUAGGGUUACUUAGUCUGCUAGCCCAUAUCCUCCAGUACCAGAUUGUUGUGGGGGAAUGGAAUGGUGUCCCUAGCUACCUUUCAGGGUAAACAGAGCUCUUCCCCUGUCUGGGGCAUGAACCAGACUCCAACAAAACAUCCCGCCUCUUCUAAGGUGUAAGCAGAACCACACUCUUUUGUAUCCCUUGAGUCAAGCCUUUGUCUUUCUUUUAAGCAUAUCAGCUGAGACUGAGGAUUGACUGGGGAGAAGAUGCAGUUGCUUACAGCCUUUGUCUGGUUCCAUGCG